GCGCUAUGGCCCUCACCGCGCUGCUCGUGCUCCUGGCGACCGGCGCCCGCGCCGCCUUCGACCCGCGACUCUACGACCGUGCCUGCGAGCUCAGCUCGUGCUACCCUGCCACCGGCAACCUGCUCAUCGGCCGUGAGGCUCGACUCUUCGCCUCCUCAACCUGCGGCUCCGAUGGCCCCGAGCGGUAUUGUAUCGUCUCGCAUCUCGAGGAACGGAAAAAUUGUUUCUGGUGCGAUUCUAGAAACUCUACCAUUAACAACCGCUAUCUAAACCAUCGUAUCCAAAAUAUUAUUUACAAAUUCCAUCCGGGCACGCUCUACAAGACUUGGUGGCAAUCCGAGAGUGGUAAAGAAAAUGUCACGAUACAGCUCAACAUGGAAGCGGAGUUUCAUUUCACGCAUUUGAUGAUCCAGUUCAAGACGUUCCGUCCUGCCGCUAUGUUGAUCGAGAGAUCGUUCGACUUCGGUAAGACUUGGCGAGUGUAUAGAUACUUUGCGCACAACUGCGACGAAGCUUUCCCCUCCGUCCCAAAGCACACACAACGGAACUUAUCAGAAGUGGUUUGUGAAUCUCGUUAUUCAGGUGUCGAACCGUCUACCGAGGGUGAAGUGAUAUUUAGAGUGUUGCCACCUAAUAUAAUAGAUACAACUACAAACCCCUACUCCGAGGAGGUGCAGAACUUACUAAGAAUGACGAAUUUAAGAAUUAAUUUUACAAAACUGCAUACGCUCGGUGAUGAUUUACUGGACAAUAGAGCGGAAAUUCAAGAAAAAUAUUAUUACUCGAUUUAUGAAAUGACCGUACGAGGUUCGUGUUCCUGUUACGGCCACGCAUCGCAGUGUCUUCCUCUGCCAGGGGUGAAUGCGAAAAAUAAUAUGGUUCAUGGUCGCUGUGAAUGCACACAUAAUACGCGAGGAUUGAAUUGUGAAUAUUGUGAAGACUUUUAUAAUGAUUUACCAUGGCAACCCGCCGUGGGAAGAACUUCGAAUGCGUGUAAAAUUUGUAAUUGUAAUAAUCACGCAACAAGUUGUCAUUUUGACCCGGCUGUUUAUAAUAAGACGGGAAAAAUCAGUGGCGGAGUUUGCGAUAAUUGUCAACAUAACACAAUGGGUGUCAACUGUGAGAGAUGCAAACCCACUUUCUAUAAAGAUCCUAGCUUAGAUUUACAAAGCCCUGACAUAUGUAAGCAGUGUGACUGCGACCCUGAAGGAACCACUGACAAGGAGAAUUUGUGUGAUGACGAGACUGAUUUAGCAAAUAAUAAAACAGCUGGGAGGUGCCUUUGUAAAGCUAACGUUGAUGGUUCUCGCUGUGACAGGUGUAAGGAUGGAUACUGGAAUUUCGAGCCACAAAACCCCGACGGCUGUGAAGCGUGUACUUGUGAUAGAUUGGGCACUAUAUAUGAACGAGGAUGCGACUCCUUGACUGGUAACUGCUUCUGUAAACGUCAUGUAACUGGAAGGAAUUGUGAUCAAUGUUUGACGGAAUUCUAUGGACUGUCAGAUAGUGUUGAUGGCUGCUUAGCGUGUGAUUGUGAUAUCGGUGGUGCGUUGGACAAUGACUGUGAUGUAAUAACAGGACAGUGCAAGUGCCGACCAAAUGUUACAGGCAGGCGUUGUGAUCAACCCAUUCAAAACUUUUUUGUUGGUGCUCUUGACUCUAUUGUCUUUGAAGCUGAAUCUAGCCAGUGCGAUAAGGAAAUUGAUGAUAAUGCAAUACAAAGCCAGCUUUGUCACGUAGUUAUCCGUGAAAAUUUCCCAGAAGGUAGGAAAGAAACUUGGAGUGGACCUGGGUUCAUGAAAUUACCUGAAAGUAGCACAUUAGUAUUUGCCAUUAAUAAUAUAAAAACCAGUAUGAAUUAUAACAUCGUCAUAAGAUAUGAGCCUCAAUCCACGAUGAAUUGGGAAGAAGCUACAAUAAUUGUUAAAAGACCCUACCCUAUUGAUCCAAAUUCGAAAUGUGCUUAUGUGCGUGCCAAGGAUAAUACAAUUUUAACUAGACUACCUGCAGGACAACGUAGUGUACUGGUGCAACCCCCAAUUUGCUUGGAGAAAGACGUAGAAACUGAGAUUCGGCUAUAUCUCGGUAGGCAAGAUGGUCGUGUGUCAAACAAUAGAGCAACAGUGUUAAUCGAUUCCAUUGUACUUAUUCCUUCUAUUGAUGAUCUACCGUUUUUAGCUAAUGGCAGUUCCAAUAGAGAAGAGUUUGAGCGAUACAACUGUGGCGAUUCUUAUUAUUAUGAUUUAAAUAGAGAUAACAUACCCGAAGUUUGCAAAAAUUAUCAUUCUAGUAUUGGCUUCUACAUAAGAAAUGGAUCGGAAUCUUGUCAAUGUGAUCCUACCGGUUCGAAGAGUUAUCAAUGUGACCCUCAUACCGGUUACUGUCAAUGUGUGGAAAAUAUAGUAGGUGCUAGGUGUGACCGUUGUGCUCCUGGCACUUAUGGAUUCAGCAAGUUUGGAUGUAAACGUUGUGAUUGUAAUAGUAUUGGAUCUCUUGAUAAUUUUUGUGAUGCCACUAGUGGUCAAUGUAAAUGUAGAGCAAAUACAUAUGGACGGGCAUGUGACUUAUGCCAACCUGGAUAUUUCAAUUUUCCUAAUUGUCAACAAUGUGACUGUAACGGACAUGCGGUUGAAUGUGACGAUAAGACUGGAGCAUGUAAGGAAUGCCAUGACUUCACGGAAGGUCAUCGUUGUGAAAGAUGCUUAGAAGGAUAUUAUGGCGAUCCUCGAUUAGGCAUUGAUAUUCCUUGUCGAUUAUGCCCAUGCCCAGGUGUAAAGGGCGACUCAAAGAAAAGUAGCCAUGCUGACCGAUGCGAACUUAAUCCUGAAACUAAGGAUGUUGAAUGUGACUGUAGAGAAGGCUACGCAGGGCUACUUUGUGAUGUAUGCGCUGACAAUUAUUAUGGCGACCCGAUCAAAGGAACCUGUGAAAAAUGUGAUUGUAAUGACAACAUUGCUUUAACCAAACCGGGUAAUUGUGAUCCGUUCACAGGAAAAUGCUUACAGUGCUUACACAACACCGCUGGAGAUCAUUGUGAAUACUGUGAAGAUGGAUAUUAUGGAGACGCUCUAGAGAAAACCUGUUACAAAUGCAACUGCUCAGUUUUGGGUACAAACUUUACUCGAGGUAAUUGCGAUCGAGUAACUGGACAAUGCCCGUGCUUUAAUAAUGUAAUGGGCAUAAAUUGUGACCAGUGUACCGAAAAUCAUUGGAGAAUUGCUCUCGGUACUGGUUGUGAUCCUUGCGAUUGUGACCCAAGAGGGUCCAAGUCACCUCAAUGUAACCCUUAUAUAGGCAAAUGUGACUGCAAACCGGGUCAUGGCGGUCGACAGUGUGAUCAAUGUCAAGAAAAUUAUUGGGGUGAUCCCAACAUUGAAUGCCAUGAAUGUGAUUGCGAUUUAUAUGGUUCUGUUUCACCACAGUGUAUGCGCGAAAAUGGAUCUUGUAAUUGUAAACCUGGAAUAGGUGGAUAUAAAUGUGAUAUUUGUGCUAGAGGCUAUCUUGGGGAAGCUCCACAGUGCUACGCUUGUGGUGAGUGUUUUGAUAACUGGGAUCUGGUAAUAGGUAAUUUGAAAAUUCAAACAGAGUAUGCUAUUGGAAAUGCAAGCAAAAUUAAAGUAGUUGGCGCUACUGGAGCUUACACGCGAGACUUUGAUGAAAUGACAAAAAAGCUUUCAGAAGUUGAAAAUACGCUUAAGAGUGCUAAAUUGGGACAAUCAACGGUGAAGGAACUUCUUUCAAAUAUAUCAAGUUUACAAGAUCAUUUGAAGAAAGCAGAUCAGAAAAUAAAGGAGAGUAAUGACAACCUUAACGAUAUCACAUCAAAAAUUAAUCUAGGCAAUGUAACACUAGAUGGCUUAAGAAAAAGUAUUGAGAAUUUGAAAUCAAAAACACAAGAACUGGGCAAUAAUGCAACAAAAUUACAAGAAGCUAACCUUGAAGGUGCUCUAAAUUUAACUCGUGAAGCUAAACAAAGAGCUUUAAAAGCAGCAGACGAAGCUGAGAGUAUCCAAACUAUAAUUGCAAACACAGAUCGACACAUUAAAAACACUGACAGGCUUAUUGAAUCUCAAUAUGCCAACUUUAAUAAUACUCAAAAUGAAAAUGAUAAAAAAUUAGAUGAACUGCAAGAAAUUCUGACCGAAUUAAAUUCACGUUUACCAAAAAUAAAUGAAAAAAUGUGUGGGCAGGAGAGCGAUACAUGUGAUAUUUGUGGCGGGGCAGGUUGUGGUAAAUGUGGUGGUAUAUCAUGUGAUCUGGGUGCUAUUACUAAAGCUGAUCAGGCUUUAGAUUUUGCAAAUAAAACAGAAAAUAGAAUUAAGGAGCAUGAACUCACAGCCGAGGACUUGUAUAGAUCUGUGACUCAAGUGAAACAAGAUACAGUGUCUGUUCGAUCCCGAGCCGCUGAUCUAUUUAGUAAGGCUCACGAUUUCAAAUCUAAGGUUGAAAGGCUUACUAAUGAGAGCGUGGGUCUAAACUCCGAUUUAAAAGAGUUUAUGUCGAAUUCCUCAAAUACACCUGCGGAUGUCAGAACCCUAGCCAACGAUAUUCUUAACUUAUCAAUCCGUAUUGAACCAAAGGAGAUAACAGAGCUUUCUCAGCGUAUCAAUUCAACCGUAUCACAAUUGACGAACAUUGAAAACAUUAUCACAGAAACGAAACCUGAUCUCGAUAAAGCUAAAGCUCUUAAACAGAAUGCCACAGCAGUAAAUCAAUCAGCGAACCUAACAUUAGAAAUGGCAAACAAAGUUUUGGAAGCCUUAGAUGAAGCUGAGGCAGCGCAAAGUGCAGCUGAGACAGCAAUUGACAGAGCGAAUAAUGACAUUGACGCCGCCAAGAGUGAUCUUUUACCGAUUGCUACUGAAACUGAACAAGCACAGAAAAAAGCAAAUGAAACAAUGGACGAAGUUGAAAACCUUCGACUCAGACUAUCCGAUUUACAGAAAAAUAUAUUGAAAAUUGAGAGCGAUGCUGACCAAGUUAAACAAGAAGCAAGUGAUGUUGUAAAUAGAGCCGAAGCUGCAGAACAAAAGGCAAGAGAGCUACGUCAGAAUUUCAAAACGACAAAUAUUUCGCUAUCAGAAAGGGCUAAUCAAACAUCUAAUUCACGAGAGCGAGCACAGUUACUACUGAAUCGCGCAACUAAACUUGCAAGUGACACACAAAUGCAAUUAAAACUUUUGGCUAAUAUGGAAGAAUUAUAUAACGACCAUAACAACCAGCUGAAUGGCCUAGAAAAAGAAAUAAGUGAGUUGAAUUCACAGAUGAAUUAUUAUUUAUCAGAAAUAACGAAACGGUCAGAUAACUAUAGGUCCUGUACAACGUAAAUAGAUAAAGGCUGACAUUUAUAGUACAGUUAUAACACGGUGCCAUUUUAAUGUUUAGAUCAAUAUUUUUUAUAAUAUUAUGUGUAGUUUAACUACAUUUAAAGCACAUUCUUUGUGAAUAGACACAUUACUAUGAUUAUUGCAACGGACAGCAUUUAAUAAACUAAUUAUAGAAAUAUAUAUUUUAGUAUGUAAAUAAUUUUACUUCAUAGAUGUAAUUGAAGAUGUUAUAAUUAAUAAUUAAAUAAAGUAUUUCUGUAUGCCAAUUGUUUGUGAAUGUCAUUUGAAUUUUGUGGAAUUCAUUAAGAUUUUCGCUAUUCCAAAGAGUAAUUUUAGUGUACGAGUGUACUAAUUAAUGUACAAUUUAUCUUAAUUUAUAUUUUCUAACUGUUUUUAAAUUCUUCAAGUGUGUAUUAAUUGUAUGCAAUUUAUGUACCUAUGAUUUAAAGUUUGAUGUAGGUAUAUUUUUUAUUUUAUUUCAUUCAUAUGUAAGUGAUUCGUUUUAAUUAUCUUUAUUAUUUCGAUAAGUGUUUGAUGUUACUAUUGUAGACGCAAUAUUCUUGUAAGUCAGGCACAAAUACUUAACUGUAGAAAACGUAAUAAAUUUGUUUAUAAAAUAUUGUCAUAAUUCA